AUGGAUAGAACCCAAAAGCUUGGGCCCUUCAUCCCCGUCCUGUUGCCAGUAAACCCCGCGCCGCGCCACGUUCCUCGUCAGGCGCCAGAGGAAAACCUCGUAUCUGUUCAUUCGAUCGAAGGGAGAAAAGGCGCCUAUCCCAUCCCAAAUGCAGCACAGGCGACCCCAAAUCAGCCUGGAAUUCCAGAACGCCAGCGCCAGCGCCAGCGCCAACGCCACAAAUAUGGCGCGGACAUCCAGCAGAAUGGCGACAAUACACAUGGAGCGAAUGUGUUACUCGGCCGUGGGACGCAACGGCUCCAAAACUGCUCGGUGACCUUUGGUGUGACCGUGCCUAUCACUAACCCAGGCAUGAAUGUCCACCGCACGGCACCACCUGUGGCCAAAACUCCUGCCGGCCCAGGACACCGGGGUCCCAUGACCGAAGAGCCGCCUGAUGAAGAGACCCGGCGUGCCAGCCCACAGGCCGAAGAAUUCGAUUCGGACGACGACACUGGCGAGGACACUGAGAGCGAGGACAGUGAGCAUCGGGACAUCAUCAGGCUUAACGGCAACAACAGACAUGGCGCCAAUGUGGUUAUUGGUGGGAGCCAGACCCUCCUCGACUCCCAGGUGCAUUUUGGGGGUCGGAGCGGCUGA